AUGAAGCCAUUUCUGAUCGUCCUGGCUGGAGUUUCAGUGGUCGGCAUUGUGACUACAGAGAGACCAUCAUGUCUGAAACAUGCAGCAUUUUCUUCCACAAACUUUGAGAACAUCCUGACGUGGGAAACAGAGGCAGACAUUCCCCCUGGCACUGUGUUUGAUGUCCAAUACAAACAGUAUGGAGAGAAAUCCUGGCUCAGCAAACGUGAGUGCCAGAGCAUCACCCAGCUCUUCUGCAACCUCAGCAGGGAGACAGAGAACUACAGGGAGCAUUUCUAUGGGAGGGUGAGGGCCAGGGGCUGCUCCUCCAGCUGGGUGCGCUCCGAGAGGUUCGAGCCCCGCAAAGAGACCGUUAUAGGGGCACCACAAGUGGAACACAUUCCCCAUGUGCGUUCCAUCAAGUUCCUGAUCUGGCCCCCCUUCACUCCCCUGCGGGGUGAGGAUGGCCAGCAGCUCACCGUGGAGGACAUUUACAGCAAAUUUGGGGCUGUGGAUUAUCACCUGACAAUAUUCAACCAGAGGACACAGCAGCAGUGGACAAAGAAUGAGAACAGCAAAGAAUUUGAAGUUUCCAACUUGGAUCCAGAUACUGAAUACAACGGGACAGUUUAUAUGUGUCUGCUCCAGAGAAGGAGCAAACCUCAAGUGUUUUGGGUAAAAACACUGGCAGACAGGACGUGGGUUCUCUACUGUUUGGUAGCCCUGGCAUUCUGUGCUGGGCUGGUUUUUGCUGCCAGUGCUUAUGUGAUCUACAAAUACAUCAAACAGCGCAGUGCCCAGCCCAGGGCCUUGGACUUCAGAGGGAUUCCAUCGUUCCAGCCUCUCACACUGACAGUGGAGCACAUCAUAAAACCCCUCAGCUUAUCCAAACUUUCCCUUUCCAUCCCUGAAGUGCAGCUGGCCCAGAUGAACCAACAUCUGGACUGGGUCCUGGAGCCACCAGUGCCCUUCUGUCCCUACCAGGAGCAGGCAGAUAUUCCAACAUUGCAGCUAUCCCAGGUGGACAUCCCAGCUCCGUGUGCUUACGCCCCUCAGGCAGCUGAGCAGAGGAUUCCUGCAGCCCCGGGCAGCAGCAGCAGCCUGGCCAUGACCUACGGGCUGUGUGUGCAGGGCUCAGAGCACAGCCAGGGCUCACAGACACACCAAAAGCUGCAGGAAGUUUCUCCAGAUUGUUCUGUGGAUGGAAAGCUUGGAACCCAGGGGUUGGGAAAGAGCUGCAGCCACUGGGAUUACAAAGAGCAGCAGCCAAAGGUGGCCCUGUGGAAGAGCAGGGACAGACUGGAGUCAGUUGUGAUCCAGGGGAGCCCUGGGCAGACCCAGCUGCUGCUGCAGAGUGAAGGGCUGGAAAAUGCAGAGUGUGUGUCCCAGCUGUCCCUGUCUUUGCUGGAACAGGGAGGAUGCUACAGACGACAGGCAGAGCUGCCCCUGCUGCUGUCUGCAGGGAAAGCUGCCCCAGACUAUGCUCCAGAGGAGGAACUGCUGGCACCUCUGGCAGCAACCCUGCUCCUCUCAGUCCGGACUGGGAACGACUUCCCUGGAGAGGAGCACGUGGAGCAGUGGAUGCUGCCAGAGUCAUUCCCACAUCCUGCAAACAAAGUGCAGCUCCCAGAGACUGCAGGCAUGGAAAUGUUCCCAGCAGCAAAGGAGCUGAGCUGCACAGAACUGAGCGUGUCCCCAGGCAGCAGCUCAGGCCAGGACACGGGCACUCCCCUCACCAUGCUCUUCAAAGAUUUGGACUUGAAAGUGCAGUGGGAUGAGGAGGAUAGUGCAGAAUUUUAUUAG